AUGAAAAAAAACACAUAUCAAGUACUAUCUGAAUAAAAAUAGUAUUAUUAAGAUUUAAUUUCGAAAUGGGGAGACUGUUUUAUAAGAUGGUUUUAGUGAGAAUGAGAAUAAAAUAAAAAGAGCUAAUCUCAAAUUUUUUAUUCCUCUUAGAGCUUUAAAAGAAAAUAUAAUUUACUUUGUCCUACUUAUUUUAUAAGUUUUCUCUUCAAAAGCCUUAUAUUUUGUAGGGAUUCUUUUGAUAAUUUAACAAUGGUUAGUUGAUUUGCAUAAUUUUAUAAAAAUUAGAAAAAUGGAUGAAAUGGUAAAUAAUUAGGAAGCAAGAGUAUUAAAAUAAUGGGAUGAAUGCAUUAUUAAUAAAGAAAUAAUUGAAACAAUAAAAGAGAGAUUAAAUAAGUAGGAUCAAAGUGAGAGUAAUCAAAGACAAAAGAGUAAAUCAUAAGUUGAAAAAAGUUCUUAAGUUAUUAAAAAAGUGGAAUUUGUUUAAAAUUAGAAAAAAGGAACAAUAGUUUGUAAAUAAUGAAAUUAAAUUUAAGCUAAUGUAUCAAUUCCCUUUUCAAAUAUAUCGUAUAAAUAAUAAUAGAGCAAUAAAAAUAUUAGAACUGAGAAUGCAAAUAAAUACAAUUAAAUGAGUCCAUUGAUAUAUAAGGAUAUGGCAUUGAAAUUAAAAUAGAUUUAAAUGAUGGAAGAUAAUGAAUUGAUAAUUGAAUUCAAAAAAAAAGUGCCAAGUAUGUUUUUAAAAGCUGCUACACCUACAGCAUAGAAAAUACCGUUGAAUGAAAAAUUAAAAAAGAUGGAAAAAGAUAAAAUGAAUUUAAUUAAAAUCUAAUGUGUUGAAAAUAUAAUGAUAGGAGAUGUAAUUAUAUUAGAAAGAAACUAAAGAGCACCUUGUGAUAUUUUAGUUUUACAUUGUAAUGAUGAAAAUUUUAGUGUACAACAUUAAUUAUGUGAUUAUUCAUCUACGACAGUUAGAAAACCUGUAGUUUAAAAUAGAUGUAAACUAUUAUAAUUAUUAUUUUAGCUGAUUCUUAGAAUUUAGCUUAAUUUAAAAAAUCUUUGACAGGUAAUAUUGUAUGUUAUGAACAUAAUUUUAAUAUUAAAGGAUUUUUUUAAUUAAAGAAAGAUCCUUAAUCAAGAAUAUUUGGAUUUGAGAAUUUUAUUUUUUGUUAAGAAAGAUUAUUAUCCACUCCAUGGGUUUUGGGUAUUGUAGUUAAAGUAGGGAAUAGUUGUUAAUGUUAUGCAAGAUAUUUAGGUUAACUUAGAUUUGAGAAUUUUCAAUUUGUUCCACAAUAUAUCAUAGUUUUGAUAAUUAUAAUUGUAAUAUUUAAAAUAAUUUUAAAGGUACAAAUAAUUGUAUACAACUAAAAUGAAUUUUUAAGGAAUUUAAGAUCAAUUACAUAAAUUGUAAUUGAUAAUUGUAUUUAUUUGGUUUUAAUGGUUCCUCAUUGUUAUAAAAUUUACUAUAAAUUAUGUAGUCUUAUACAACUUAAAGGAAUAGGAACUGUAGAUUAAAAAUAAAUAAUGUCUUGUCACAUUGAUAAAUAUAUAGAUAAAUAAUUUCUAACAGUUAGUGUAGAUGCUUUUAUUGAUAAUUCUUUUUCACUUCAAUGUAUUAUUUAUAAUAAUAAAUUGUGUGAAUUUGAAGAAUAAAAAUUUCUUUAAUUUUUAGUAUAAACUUGUACAGGUUUUUUGAAUGCUAAGGAGGAACUUCGAAAUGUAGAAAAAGAGGGUAUUUGUUAAAUUUUAUAAUAAAAGAAUAAGAAGAAAUUCAACAAGGUUCUUAAGUAAUAAACUACCUUAUGUAAAGUUCAUGUUCUGAUGAACUUAUAAGUUAAAGAGAAUGCAUUAUUAAUUAAAUUCCAAAAUCUGUUGAAGGCAGAUUUAUUUAUUAUUAAUAAUAGGAAUCAAAAGAAGAUCUUAAUAUAAAUUAAAUGGAUUUAAUUUAAUAAGAAUAGAUUUCAAAAGAUAAAACUAUAAUUGAUAAUCAUGAAGGUUAUUAUAAUGAAACAAUCUAAAGGGCAACUAAUCCUGUUCGAAGUUCUAAAGGUUAUCAAUCAUUAAAAGAUCAAUUUAAAUAAGAAGAUUAUUAAAUAGAUGAAGAAGAACUAUGUAAAAAUAUGUUGAAAAAUUGUUCACCAGAUGAAUUGAAUCCUUUGUUACUUUAAUUAGCAAUGAAUCAUCUUGCUUUUUCAAAAUUAUUAAUUACUGAAAAAAAAGAAUAAAAAGUUAAAAAUAAAUUUCUUGGAUAAUUAGAUUAAAAAUAAGUAAAUCUUUCAAAAGCUAUGGGUUAUGAAUUUAUAUGUGUCAAUAAUGUUUAGUAAAUAUAUUUUAUUAAUAAAUAGAAAUGUUUAACACUACAUCAUUUAGAUUAAUUAAGAAUUCCAUUCAUUUAAAUUAGUCAUAACGAAAUUAGACAUUUAAAGAUAAAGAUUAUUUAUGUUAUUUGAAAUGGCUGAAUAUUAUUAGGAUAAUGAUAAAUAAUUUAUUCUAUUUUUAAGAGAAGGAAAUGUAAAAAAAAAUGAAGGUAUAGAUGAUAAAGUAUGGAAACAUCAAUAUGAUUAACUUCAUUACAUUUAUUAUUCAUAUUGUUAUUUGACCUAAGAAAGUGCUACCGUUUUUUUAUAAUCAGUUGAAAGUAAUACUCCAGAUAAUUAAUUAUAUACACUUAUGGAAUAAGUAUUUAAAUUAAAUAUCAUUUUGGGAUUAAAAUAUACACUUAAAACUGAUUGCUAAGAUUUUAUGAAAAAAAUUAGAAAAUCUGAUUAUCAAAUUUUUGUCUACACUUAAAAUUAAGAAAUCUUUUCAACUUCCAUCUUAUAUUAAUCUGAACUCCUAUUGUAGAAUGAUUUGAUCUUACAUUUCAAUUAAUAAAAUGAAGAGGAUUUAAGAGCCUAUUUCAAAUAAAGUUUACAAGAUUUUUCUAAUACAUUUGGAGAUGCAAGUAUCAAUUCAUCCCAAUUUAUUAAAAUUUAAGCUCUUAAUUCACAAAAAUAAAUAACUGUUGAAUAAGUUGAAGAAAAACCUAGAACUAAAAAAAUUAUUGUAAUGAUGAAUAAUCAAUCAUUAUAAUAUAUUAUGGAAAACCAUUAUUUCAAAAAUAAUCUCAAAUUAAUACUUGGCUUUACUAAAGUACUCUUUCUUUAUUAAGCUACUCAAGAUUAACUUAAUAUUAUAUAAGAUAUCUGGUGUACUCCAGAUAAAACUAUUAAUUUACUAUAUGAAAACUAAAGUUUAUUAAGGUGUUUUCAUGGAUGUUAAUUAUAAAUAUUACAAUUAUAAUAAUUCAGUUUGUUUAAAAAUUAAAAAAUUGAAAAAGUUGAAAGAAAACAGUUCUUUUCAAAACUAAUCAUAUCCUUAUAAUAAAGAUUGAUAUUUGAAAAAUGUUAUUUUAAUGAAAUGUAAAUCAACUCUAAUACAGAUGUUAUAAUACAAGGCUAUAAAGAGUUGGAUAGAAUCCUAUUUUUUUAGAGUCCUCUUUUAAAAAUAUUCUUUAGAGCCUUGUAUUAACAAACCUUAUAUAAAACAAUAACCUUCGUUUCUUCCUUCACGUUUGUUACUAUGAUUUAUACAUGGAAUACUUUAGACUAAAUGGAUUAUUUAAUCGAAAUCAUAUUUUACUUCUACAUAUACUAAUUAGUUUUAUUUUCCUUAUAACAUUACUCUUUUAUAGAUCAAUCAAAAAAAUUAAAAGAUAACAAAGAUUAAUCAAUUUUACUCUAAAAAUAUUCAUAACAUAAAUCAUAAAUGGAAACUAUUAUAAUAAUGAUUUUAAAACAUAUUCUAUAAGGAGUUCUUAUUUCAUGUAUUUUUAUUUACAGAAUGUAUGAUUUAGAAUACUAUCUUUAUAUUUUUAUGUCAAUCAGUAUUAAUGAUUGGCUUUAUUUGAUGAUAAAUUUGAAUAUCAUUGAAGCAAUAAUUCUAGCUGGUCUUUUUCCUAUCUUAUUUUAUAUCUAUAUAUUAUCUGACAAUGCUCAAAAUAAUGAAUGGAAUGAAUCAAUAGAUCCUCAAGAUGUAUUUUCAAUUAUUUUAGGAACUACUUUCAUUUUAAUAACAAACCUUCUUUUUGAUUAUUUGGAAAAUUAACAUAGUAUAAGCAUACCAAUUUUUAACGAUGAUUUUCUUUCAUAUUUAAAUUAUAUCUAAUUAAUGAUAACAUAGAAAUAAAAAAAGAAAACAUUAACUAUUUUAUAAAAUAAAGUAAAUGAACUUUUUGAAAAUAUUGAAUAAGUAGAUUUGAGUAUAUAAAAAUGUAUAAUAUUAAAUUUAAUUAUUAGUACUUUUAAAUUAAUAGAAUAAUUAAAGUAAAUUUGGAUAAUGGCGUUAAUAAAUAUUUAAGAAGGCUCAAACAAUAUUGAUGUGGAAGAAGAAAUAAAUUAUUCAAAGUUUCUAAUUACUUUUCUAUCAUAAUACAUUUAUUUUAAUCUUAUACAUUUACUAAGAUAGAAACUAUUUUUUUUUAGUUGAUUAUUUAAUAAGUUUUUGUCUUCAAGCAAUAUAAUUUGGGAUUCAACUUUUAUUUUAAUUACCAACAAAUUAAUAAGAAUACUUAGAAUAUGCAAAAUUCCUUUUAUCAACAGCCACUACAAUUUCAAUAUUAUUUGUAAUGAAAUCUGUAGACAAUCUUAAUUCUAUUUUAACAAUUUAAUUAUUUGUAGUUUAUGAAUUGUCAAUAAAAUUUCAUCCAAUAUAUGAUUUUAGAGUUUACAUUACAACAGCAGUUGCAACAAUGAUUGGAUAUAUAGCUUGGUAUAUUGUUGAAACUGAUUCAAUAAUAUCAAAUUAGAUUGCCGUAAUAUAAUUUAUAAUUCUGUUUUCAGUUUAACAAUAUUUUGUAAAAAGUUAUGUAAAAAUAAUAAUUAAAUUUAAUUAGUUUAUUUAAUUAGAAGAAGAUCAAGCAUAGAAUAAAUUAAAUUUUAUCGAAUAGAAUAAUAAGAUUAAUGAUAUUUUAGGUAUUUUAUUACCAAAAUUCAUUCGAGAUAGAUUAAAUGAAAGUAAAUAAAUUGAAUAUUGUGUUUUUAGCUGAUUAAUAUAAUAUUCAUUAAAAUUAAGGUUUGGUAGCAAUAGUAUUUUGUGACAUUUGUAAUUUUGAUCAAAUGGUAAUAGAGGAAAAGGAUAAAAUAAUAACAUUUUUGGAUGACAUAUUUAGAACAUUUGAUAAAUAUUGUUAAAUAUAUGGAGUUUAAAAGAUAGAAACAGUAGGUAAGACAUAUUUAGCAUCUGCUGGUUUGAAAGCUUGUGAAUAAGAAUUGACUUAUCUAUCUUAGGUUGACCCGGUUUAAAGAGCCUUAAAUUUAGCAGAAUAAAUGAUGAUAUAUAUAAGAUCAAAAAUGUAAGUUUUUUGAUGACAAUAGGUGGGGAUAUAAAGGAUAAUAGUUGGUUGGUAAAAUAGGCAUUCAUUAUGGAGGAGCUAUAAGUGGUGUGAUAGGUUUUCAUAAACCUUAGUUUUCUUUAAUUGGUGAUACAAUAAAUACAACUAGUAGAGUUUGUUCAACUGGUUUAGAAGAUGCUAUUACUUUAUCAGAGUAAGCAUUUGAUUAAUUAAAAAAUGAAAAUAUUGAGUUUGAAAUAAGAAAUGUUGAAAUGAAAGGUUUAGGUAUUAGACCUACAUAUAUUUAUAAAUGUAAAAUCUAAAAUAAAGAUAAUCCAUUAUAUAUGUAAAUUGAAUAGGAUGUUUAGAGUAAGGAUGCUAGAAGUUAAUAUUUUGUUAGAAAAAACCCUGAAAUCUUUAAAAAAGAUUUAAAAAAAAGAAAAACUAUAUUAACUAUGAUUGAUACUAUGAAAUAAAAAAUGGACUCUAUGUAGGAAUAAGGAGCAUAAAAUGUUUUUGGUAUUAAACCUAUAGAUCCAACUUAUUAUUAAUAACCACUUGAUGAUAAAUCAAGACACUCAAUUAAAUUAUUAUCAAAAGAUGGAUCUGAUGAUAAUCAUAUUAAAUAAUCUCAAUAAAGACCUAGUACUUUUAAAAGAUUAGUUACUAUGUUUUAAAAUAAAUUUUAACUUGAAAAUUAUGAACCAGAAAUAGAUGAAAUGAUUGAUUAUGAACAAUUAUUGGUAAAAAUUUAUAAAUUAAUUAGAGAAUGUCAUUUUGUUAAAGAAUGAAUAUACAUUAGAACACAAUAUUAUUAAAGAAACUUCAUUUUUAUAGUUAUUAUAGAUAUCAUAUUACAAAAAAUAAAUGAAUCAAUUUGUUAGUUAUGAAUAGUAUAUUGAAUUUGUAAAAAUUCAAUCAAAAAAUCAAACAGUACAAAAUUUAAGAAUAUAUGUUCUUUAUUACAUUAUUAAAUAGUUUUGUCUAAUUCAAUUUUAUAGUGAUUUAAACUUAGGCUUGAUAGUUUUAUAAUGGUUAUGUUGUUUAAUUAAUUUGAUUCAAUUUUUAGUGAAUAAUAAAUAAUUUUUUGAGAAAUGGAAAAUGUUGAUCAAAUUACUUUUAUGUUUUGAAGCUUUAUUGAGUGGAUUAGUUAUAAUUUUAGAAGAGGAUAAUCAGUUAAAAAACAUUCAUGUUUAUGAAAUAAUAUUUAUUUAAUCAUUAUUUUGUAGUAUUUAAAUACUUAGUUUUUGGAUGAAGGUUUUAUUUUGUAUGACAAUAGCAUUUUAUUCGACAAUAAUUUUAGCAAUUGAUGGAACUUAAGUAAUUUCAAUAUAUUUUGUAAUAAUCAGUUCUAUGUAUAAUAUAAUGUUGAUUUUAUUGAUUGAAUAAUAACAAGUUGGUUGUUUUAAUUAGAAAAUCAUUUUCAAAACAUAAUAAUAAAAAGAAUCAUAAUUACUAUAAUAUUUAUUACCGAAACAUAUAUUAAAUAAAUUUUUAGAUGACAGAAUAGGAAAUAUUGGUAUUUGUGAUAGAAUAGAUAAUUUAACAAUUUUAUUUGCAGACAUAGCUGGUUUUACUGAAUAUUCAAGUAAAGUAAAACCAGAAGAAGUAUUAGUAAUGUUAAAAAAUUUGUUUGUAGAAUUUGAUAGAAAAUGUUGUGAUUUAAAUGUAUAUAAAUUAUAUACAAUUGGGGAUUGUUAUGUAGCAAUAGGAAUGAUAGAUUAUCACAAUAGAAAUCCUCAUUAAGAAGCUAAGAAUAUUAUUGAUUUAGCAUUUGGAAUGAUUAACAUUAUAGCUUAGGUAAGAAAAUAAAUAAAUUUUGAUGGACUUAAUAUGAGAAUAGGAGUUCAUACAGGAUCUGUAUUUGGUGGUGUAAUGGGUACAGAUAUAGUGAGAUAUGAUAUUUAUGGACCAGAUGUAUUAAUAGCGAAUAAAAUGGAAUCAAAUGGAGUCAAAGGAUAUGUUUAGGUUAGUUAGUAAACUAAGAAAUAUUUAGAAGAAGAUUAUUCAAGUUUAUUUUAAUUUGAUUUAAAUGUUACUUUAGAAUUAAAAUCAAUAGGACGAGAAAUUGAAGGUUAUUUAGUAAAAAAGUAAGAUGAGGAUGAUUUAAACUAAUAAGAUCGUUCAUUUUGA